AUGGGAAACGUCGAAGCUAACCGCCAACUGGCCUACAAAACCGUUGAGACAUGGUCGAUCGACGUAGGUGGUGACGUGGAGCCGUUCUUCAAUCUAUUCCACGACGACGCGACAUUCACCACUAUGGCACGGAAAGAUAUGUUUCCUCUUCUCGCUGGUACGCUCAACAAGAAAGGCUUCUGCGACUGGGUUUACAAGGAGACACGUGUCACAGCUACUAAACUCAAGGCCGAGGGGAUUACGGCGGACGAGAACCGACUCGCACUAGAGGCCAGUUCUGAUAUGGUCGUGAAUGGCCAUUCGUACAAGAACAACUAUCAUUGGUUGUUUGAGAUCCGCGACGGCAAGAUCUCGGCACGAUUUUAUCUAGACACGCUGUUUGCGAAGAAAGCAGUAGAGUGGGUGGAGGAGGCUGAGGCGGCGACAAAAGCGAACAAGUAG